AUGCCCCUUGUUCUUGUUUUCAUUCCUAAUAUCAAGAAGUUCACAGUUGAGGAGUACUCUUUCCUGCUGAGAAUCAUUUACUCCAAAUUGGGCCAAAACAAGGAGCUAGCAGACUUGCUUACGCAAGAGUAUAUAAAUCUAUCUUCCAGCAGUGAUGAGAUUGACAAGGAUCCUAUGAUGGCACGAAUUGAGGCUAAGGUUGAUCUUCUUAACAAGAAGGUGACUGAGGGCAAUGCGGAAAUCCUCAAGUGUGUGCAGGUCUCCAAUAAGGGGGAAUGGGGAACUAUUGAAGUCUUCGGCAAGAAACUGUAA